AUGCCCUCCGUCAAAAACCCCAACAAGCCCUCCAAGAACAGGCUCGCCGCCAAGGCCGCCAAAGCCCGGAAAGAGGCGCAAAAGUCCUCCGCCGCUGGCCGCCUGUCCAAAAUCGAGAAGACUGACGCAAACAGAUUUGGCGCCCGCCCGGGGUUGAUGCCUACGAGCGGCCCGAGAAAGCCGGUGAGCGCCAAGAAGCAGAGGAAGUUGGAGAAGAAGAUGGGGUAUGCGCUUAAGAGGAAGAUGGAGAGGGAGGGGGAGGUGGAGAUGAAGGAUGCGGUUGUGGUUGAGAAAAAGGCUGAGGGUGGUGAGAAGGAGGAGGUUGAGAUGGAUAUCUCAUGA